AUAUGGAAAUUAGUAGGUAACUGGCUUAUCAUUUGAUGACUCUUCUUAGUCUUUGUAUAAUAAAAAGACUCAAGACUCUUCUUAGUCUUUUUAUAAUAAAAUUCUCUUCCAAAUAUUAUACAAAGGACAGACUGCUCCAUGGAUCAAAAACACUACAAAGAGUUCACAAAGUAUAAUGAAAUUCUGAGAUUCAUAAAUGAACAGCUACUGGCACAAAAAGCUUAGAUAAGAAAUAAUGCAGAUGCCUGUUUGUUUGCUCAAGAAAUACUGAAUUUUAUAAUAAAACACAGACGGUAGAGAUCUUCAUGGCUUAUAGUCACAUCACUAAAUACAGAAAAUAUUUUUGGUAAAUUUUUUCUUAAUAACUGGAAAACCCCUUAUUUCAUCACAACAAUGAAUAGAUAAAUGACAUUACAGGCAAAGAAAAUUUCUUCAAAAACAAAUUAUGUAGAGAAAAAAAGCUUAAAGGCUCAGAUUUUCAGCUACACAUAUCCCUUACUUUGAGCUUCAAAAAUUUGAGGCUUCUAGCAUUCCUUGUGGUCUGUAACAUUAAGCAGUAAUACAAUUAGGCCUCAUUUCUAUCAGAAAACAUUAAACUGACUGAAAGAAAAUUAUCUAGAAUUUUGAUUCUGAUCAACUUAAACAUAAUGCCAUGAGUCAUCUAGAUGAGUCAAGCAAAUAUUAGAGUUCAUGAUAAACGAAUCAAAGUAUUUUUUAAAGAUCUGCAGACAAACGUUUUAAAUAAUUUUGUAUUUGCUGAAGUCCUCCUAUGUGUGACACAUUGAGGUAGGUACAUUCAUAUUGAGGUAUGCACUUUCACAUGCAUUAUAUAACUUUGUUCUCCCAACGAUCAUGGAUUAUUAUCCUGAUUUUACAAAUGAGAAAACUAAGACCAAGUGAUUUGCCGAUGGAAACGAUGCUUGUAUAAGAUUCAGUCAGAACACCAAUUCAAAUUUUCUGACCCUCAUUGUACUUCCAAAACUCAAGUACUGUCAAUCUCUGCUCUUGCAAAGCAUGUUAAUCUUUUUAUUUAGGGAGAGAUGAAAAUAGAGAUGGGAGAAUAAAAAUUCUUCAUAAUGUAAAAAAGACUUACUGUGCUUUAUCUGACAUAAUUUAUUCAGUCUGACUUAAAUGCUUUGCUGCACGUUGUCUACCCCCUUAGACACCGCUUAUCUUCAGAUACACAGCCUACACCAAAACCUAACUCAAGAAUCACCUCCUCCAAGAAAGUUUCCCAGAUUAAAUGACCUGUUCCCCUCCUCCCAAGCUAACAUCCUUCCUUUAUCAUUUCGCUGCUUGCAUUUAGUUUGGACUACAUUAUCAGAUACUCCUUUUGUUCUCCAGUCAUAUAUCUGGAAGUAGACUUCUUUCAUUCAUUAACUAUUGAGCAUUUGGAGAUUCAAUGGUGAGCAAAACAGACAAGGUCCUUGCUAUCAUGGAGAAUUUACAUUUUCUGGAUCUUCAACAAAGGUAAAAAUAACAGGGUAUAAGAAUACGAUGCUCUAGGACUAGGAUUUCUUCCCUAUAAGGUUUCCGAAAAUAGCUCUCUCCCUUGCAAGCUUGAUAACACUUUUCAGGAAGAAAAAUUCCUUCUAUCACGCCUUCCACAUGAGAAUUUUAUGACUUUGUGAGGAUAUGUGAGGGAUGGGGACCAAGGUGGGAAGAAAGAUAGAUCUAAAAUCUCUCAGGGGUUUCCCACAUACUGCCAUGAAAUAUGCACACAACAUGAGUCUAGACAUCUCUUCCUGUGUCUCAUCACAAGGAAGCUAUACUUUGGCCACAACUGCUCCAGUCAAGCACUUCUACUAAUCUCCUUGUACCCAGCAACCUUCACUAAAAAUUGUAUAUUUCUCAGAGGCUUUUUUUUUUUUUGAGACUGAGUCUUGCUCUAUCACCCAGGCUGGAGUGCAGUGGCAUGAUCUCGGCUCGUUGCAAUCUCCGUCUCCCGGGUUCAUGCGAUUCUCCUGCCUCAGCCUCCCAAGAGGCUGAAGCAUAAGAAUCUCUUGAACUCAGGUGGCAGAGGCUGCAGUGAGCCAAGCUGCACCACUGCACUCCAGCCUGGGAUACAGAGUGAGACAGUCUAAAAAAAAAAAAAAAAAAAAUCCUUUUGUAAUGCAUAUUUUACAAAUUCAUAAUUUCAUCAUUUUUCUUAAAGCAAACUAAAACAUAAAUUCAUUAUACACAAUUGUAAAUUUAUCCCCAAAGUGUUUUCUACAGCUUUCAAUUUUUAAAUGAACCAAGGAACGGAAUAUUGACAAAUGUAUAAGUACUCUGAAUGUGUUAUAAAAAACAUAUUUGCCUUUAAAAUGCAAUAACAUUCUACGGAAAAUAUAGUAGCAUCUUUCCACAGAUCAGAGAUUCAAUAACUAUUAUGAUUCAAUCAAAGAGAAAUAAACCAUGGCCAUUUUUAAUUAAACAGGCAUUUCUAAGCACCUGUGUACACGGUAUUGCUGUUCAAACGGUUGACAUGGAAUGUGACCGCAAUAACUUGAUGUCCAUAAUUAAAGACCCAAAAGGUAGCUUAAGUUUCAUCUAUUCCCUUUCUCAGCCCUUUGAGCAGGCAUAUUAUAGUCACUCCAUACAUGGUUAAUAUAAAAAAAAAUAAAAGUAACAAACAUUUGAAAUUAGUUGUACUUUUAUAGAGAACAGUUUUAAAUUGCAUGGCCUUACUUUUUCUUUUCCAACCUAUUUUAUAAAACUAGUAUGAUCUUAAUAAUUUCACUGCAAAACAGGUUCUAGCAAGCAUAGAAACUGAUCACAGCCUCUCAGCAAAAUUAAGUUUAGAUGAAACCCUAGGAAAUUAGCAAAAUUUAACAAUCAAUUCACCCACGAUUCUCCACAAUUCUUGCUCUCUCUAGACACUAAGGGAGGCAAAAACUGUUUUAAAUGAUUAUUUCAAAAGCAGCACUAAUUUUGGGAAAAACUUAACUGCCAUGCAGUCGACACUGUAUUACUACUCAGACGUCACUUAAGUCUAGCAGCAGAAAGGCAAAAACAUCAUUAAAUUUUUUAUUUAAUGCAUAUAUACUUACAUUAUCAGUUAAAGUUUACCCAUCUGUUUACGUAGUCCAAGUUACCUAUUAUUUCAGAAAGCAUUUAAAUAAAAUGAAAUUAGGUUACGUUCUGCAACGCAGAUGUGUCUCAUAAAGAAGAGUGUUAAAUGACUUUUGUGAAUGGAAAAUCUGCAUAUACUGUUGCUUCGCCUCAGCCAGUCUUGAGUGGGUGGUUCAAUGAACCUAAAGCAUGCUGCAUGUGAAGCUCCUUGGAACCUGAUUCCACUCUUGAGAGAGGGCUUAGAAAUAAACAUUAAAUUUAAAAGCACAGCAAAGGCUUGGCUUUCCUCCUACGUUACAAGAAGGCCGGGAGAACUGAGGCUUAGAGGAACAACACCUUGUCGCUUAGCUCUGCAAAGGCGGGUGCGGUCUGCGGUGCGCGGCACAGCCUCCUCUGGGGCUGUCACAGGAAAAAAGGAGCCUCGCCUUAACCGCACCGAGCGACAAAGCGCCAGCUCUCCUGGGUGCAGGGGCUCCCAACGAGACCCAUGCCAUCAACCUAUCAAACUUCAGGAGGGACAGACACCCGGGGCAGUCGAAAUGCUCCAACAGCCUCCCACCCCCGUCCCCCUGCCGCGGCUUUUGUAAGGCUGCAGAUGCACCUACUGUGGGCCCCAAAACACUCCACCCCGCCAGCCUUUCCAAUCCCCCUACUCCAAAAGGGAACAAAGGAGCCAAAGAACUCCUCGGCGGGGGUGGCCAGGAGUCCCCGACAGCCCGAGCUCAGAACGUGGCAAUAAGGGUGCGCAGUCGCCCUGAGGGGUGCGAACCCAGCACCCCAACCUCAGGAAUGGAGCAACACUCACCCGUGCGGAACUCCCAGGGAGGCAGGACUCAAGGAGCCGGUUCCUCCGAGGUCGCCGCGGCGCCGGGGUCCGGGGCCCCGUACGCGUCUGGUCAGACCCCAACUUCUCUCGGCCGCUGUCGUCGGCGGCAGCUGGGGCGCGAGUCUGGACGAAGGACGCUACCCAGCUGCCGCGGAGGAACUGCCGGCUCAGCCCCCGAGCGGGGCGGGAACUUUCGGCCCCGAGGUCCACCAGCCAGGGCGGACCCCCACCUUCCCUUAGUCGGCUUGCUACCAGCAGCGGCUACUGCGGCGUCCAAAACUAACACUACAGCCGCCAGCCGCCGCCUGGCCAGGAGCGCGUCGCGACCUAAUGUUGUCAUCCGCCGCGUCGCCGCCUUUCUGGGCACCCAGAACCGCCAAGAUCCUUCACAUUCUAGCGCCCUCCCCCUGCCCCGCCCGUCCACCCCCCGGAUCACGGGCUUCGGCCACGCCCUCUUCCCGUCACGUGACGGUGCGCGGAGGCAGCGGUGGAGUUACUUCCCCUGCCAGGCGGGCUCGAACCGCGCGGGAGCCACUGUCCGCCUUGCUUCGCCUAGAUGUUAUCGCCAGCCAGUCCCCUUCCGCAUGCCCAAGCGCAGCCUCAGGAAGCGAGCCCACCACCUUCCUGUUGAUCGGCCAGGCCUGUUGGGCGGGUCUUACCAGGCCCUUUCUAACCUGAGGAGAUUGCACAGUAGAGGUCCCUGGUCUGGUCAGGGCUCAGUUAGGACCCCUCUCCAGCCUUAG